UGAAGUGGCAGCUGAAGAGACUCAGGCGCUCGCCAUGGCAGAUGAAAAGCCUAAGAAAGAAGUCAAGACUAACAACAACGAUCACAUUAAUUUGAAGGUGGCGGGACAGGAUGGUUCUGUGGUGCAGUUUAAGAUUAAGAGGCAUACACCACUUAGUAAACAAAUGAAAGCCUACUGUGAAAAACAGGUGGAAAUGGAGGGUGAAGAUACAAUUGACGUGUUCCAACAGCAGACAGGAGGCGUCUACUAA